GCUGUCAUCAGCAACAUGGUUGUUCCACGCCGCUUGUAUUCGCACACCCAGCUGUGGAGCGCGCGAUGCGUCAGUUCGUUAGCUGGAAGCCUAAAAAAACAACAAGUCGAAGUUAGGGACACAAUUCCACACUCAGAAAUAUUUCACCAAGUUAAGCAUUACAUUACCAGACAUACAUUGCCUUCAAGGGCUAACGUUAUAACAAUAGCAACGCAAUCUGUUGACCACAUUUGCUUUGAUUUUACUGGAUUUUUAUCUGCACCCGUACAGCGCCACAGCCACCACGCUACGUCAUCGGUGCGCAUGCGCGAACUGCGGAUCGCGGAUCGCGGAUCGGAGAUGAUGGAAGAUCGCUGGCAGAGAUCACUCCAAACAGUUGUUUAUGGCUUGAGGAAGCUGGUGGCCACUCACUCACUCACUCCUCCUCCUAGCAGGCAUCUAGCGGAUGUGGCCCGUUGUCUUCGGCACAAAAAAAAAAAGAGUGAAAACUGGCUGGGUAAUAACUUGGCAAUUAAAGUACUGCGGAGAGCGAGUCCGAAAAAAGCGAAAAUCCCAGGCGAGUCCUGCAGUUUUCGGCGCAAACAAUCAAUUGGCCAGCCAGCCACAAAAAGUCGGCCAAGUGGGACGGUGGCAGCCUCCAGGCACGAGCCACUCACUACUCGAUACUGCGAUACCUCGACGAUCCACUGAUAAAGCCGUCUUUUUUGGGUGCAGCAACUUGGCUGCAAGUCUCUGCUACCGAUUCCCCGUGAUUAAGCCAUGAAUCAGCUGGCUUAGCGGCGAGUAACGGUUCGCUUUUGGCCAGCUAGCUAACUAUGACUCUUUUAUGCUAUUAUUUCUCGAUUUUUUCGGUGGGCGUGAGCCUUGCAGCUAAAGGUGGCCAUUGGGCCGAGUGAUUGUCAUGCUAUGGCAAAAUCAAUUUUCCAUCAGGUUUUCCGCCCAGUGAGUGUGUGUUUCAAUGAAAUUUUCAUUUGCCUCUGUCAGUUGCAAUGCCCGGGUAUAAAGUGUUCAUAAAUUUGCAGCGAAAGCUGACAAUGAAAAUUAACAUGUCCAAUAAGUAUAGUGGGCUAGAGUUUGCAAGUCAGUAAAACCUAAAAAAUAACCAAUAAAUCCAAAAAUAUUGGCAAAUA